GUCCAUCGCUGCCCCUCAGCCGCCGGGGCUGCCGCACAGCCCCCCUCCCUCCCUCCCUCCCUGCCUCUCCCCCCGCCCCCGCCGGUCCCCCUCCGCCCCGUACCCAGCGCCGCCGCCGCUUCCACAAGAUGGCGGGGACCGUAGCCGAGCGGGACGCGCUGGUGAGUGCCGCUUUGCUCCCUCCCUGGGGUUCCGGGACGGGGACCGGGACGGGACGGGGCUGGGGAGGGCGGGCAGGGCAGGCCCCCCACGGCGGGUACCUGAGAAGCGGAGCGGGCGGGGAGCCGGAGGGGCUCCGCCUGCCCCUGCCUCAGCGCUCUCCUUUUUACCUGCAGAAAAUAGAGGACGGGCAUUUAAACAACUCCCUGGGAUCCCCGGUGCAAGCUGAUGUGUACUUCCCUCGCCUGAUCGUCCCCUUCUGUGGGCACAUCAAAGGAGGAAUGAGGCCGGGAAAGAAGAUCUUAGUUAUGGGCAUAGUGGACCUCAACCCCGAGAGCUUUGGCAUCAGUCUGACUUGUGGGGAGUCAGAAGAUCCUCCUGCAGAUGUAGCUAUUGAACUGAAAGCCGUGUUUACAGACAGACAGUUUAUCAGAAACUCUUGUGUAGCUGGAGAAUGGGGGGAAGAGCAAUCAUCUAUUCCUUACUUUCCAUUUAUACCGGACCAGCCUUUUAGGGUUGAGAUACUUUGCGAGCAUCCCCGUUUUAGAAUAUUUGUGGAUGGACAUCAGCUUUUUGAUUUUUACCACCGUAUUGAAACACUGUCAGCAAUUGACACAAUAAAGAUAAACGGAGAUCUUCAACUUACAAAACUUGGCUGAGCAUGUUAGGACUGCAGAUUCCAAACCGGCUCAGGUGCCAUCGUCUGUUUGGAGAAGUGACAGCCAGCUCUGGACACAGCUAUGGUAGGAAGGCUGCCCCGUUCCUUUUCCGCAUGCAGUUCUUCACUCCAGUGCCGAUGAACUGGGCUGUUGUUUAUCCUAAUGAAGAACAUUGUUGGUUAAUAGACAUUGAGCCACUUUUCUUCGAUCAAAAUAGCCCACCUGUGCUGGAUAAUCAAAUUGGAAUGGAUUCAGAAAGACUUGCAGUCUUGUUUUAAAUCUCACAGAAAGGCAAUUUCUGAAAUGCAGCACUAAAACUGGUUACUGAACAGCAGUGACAACAGCAACAAGAAAAGUUUUUCUUUUGCAAAUAUUGUUUCUGCACUGAAGUGGAGUAGUGUAGCACAACAUAGGGCCACGUGCUGAUGUCCUUACCCAGGGCCUGAGCCUGGUUCCAUGGAAAUCAAUGGCAAAACUCCCACUCACUUUAAUGGGGGACAAUCAAACUGUCUAGUCCUUAGUCAAGCACAAUUCCCACUGAUUUCUAUGGGAUUUUUGCACAUGCCUGGAGGCCAGCUCUUCUGCUGGUGUAAAUCGGCAUUCCCUCCAUGGCUUGCAAUGGAAUUUUGCUGAUUGCUCCCAGCCGCUGAUUUGGCCCAAGGACUGUGCAAAAACUGAAUGAGGGUGUGAGGACACAGCCUGUAUAUUUUAGUCAGGGUAUUUGCAUAGAAUGUAGAUCGUUACGAGUUUUUGCACAAUGUAUUGUUAAUACAAUUUUUAAAGCUUAUCUGUAGUUUAUUUAUUUAUACUCAUUGUAUGUAUUAUUAGUAAAAAUGAACAAUCUUACUGAUGGUUAAGAA